CUUUUUUUUCUCUGAGCUCUGACCUCUGAAGUCCGCGUUACUUCCGCGUUUCGCUCACCUGUUACACCUGUAUUACAGCGCUGUGCUGUAGGUGCGACUCCAGCUCUGCCGGUGCACCUGUUGCCUUAUUGUGCCAUGACCGAGGAGCUCAUAACGUGCGACCUAGCCAGCUCGUCUUCAUCGGGUGACUCGGAGGAGACUUUAAACUGUGUGAAAACGGGGGGGAUGGAUUGUGAGGAGCCUAUUUUCUCCGCGUUGAGCGGCGAUGUGAAGCAGCAGGCGGGGGACGCGACCUCCCCGACCGCUGGGACUACCUCCGACACAGAGUCUGGGAUCUUCUCUGUUGAACGUGAGCUCUGUGUGGCGCAUGAGUCCGAGCUAGAAUGGUUCUGUGGAACCGAGCAGAAACUCAUCUGCUGUCACUGCGCCACCGUGGGCCCCUGCCAAGGACACACUGUGACCCCACUGGCCACCAGAGUAACCGCAGUCAGGAAUGAACUGGUGGAUGUGUGUGAGAAAAUACAGCUGCAGGCACUGAGGAUUGAAAAGUUUAUCAACCAGACACUGACAGCUAAAGAGCAAAAGCUUCAGACAGCGGCAAGCAGGGCAAGGGAGCGUGUGCUGGCUCAGGUCAGCGCAGCACGCGAAGCCCUGGAGGAGGAGGAGCAGCGUCUCUUGGAGGAGGUGCAGAGGGAGGAGGAGCGGGUGGAGCAGUGUCUCCUCACCCAGAGAGCCCACUGGAGCCAGGCUUUGGAGAGUCUUUCGCAAACACGCUCCCACCUGGUGCACACGCUGACAGACAUGCAGGACGCACAGCUGGUGACUAGUGUCCAGAAGAUAGCUGAAAGGGUGGAGGCAGCAGAGGGGGUUGGGGAGCCCUGUGACACAGACCAGCUCAACCUGAACCCAGGCUGCAGUGACAGCAAGCUGCUGAGAGGUCUGUGGGCCACUGCAGUACUGUUGGGCCCAAACGCUUCCGGAUCGUCUUCUUUAAAGUUUGAUGAGCGCACAGUGAGCCCUCUCCUGUCCCUGUCUGAUGACUUCUGCACUUUGACUUUCCUACACAAAAAAGCUCGCCAGUCCCCGCAGUACGACCCAGCACGAUUCGACUGUUUGCCCAACGCACUGGGUUCACUGUCCAUGUCCUCUGGCACCCACAGCUGGGUGGUGGGGGUAGGCCAGAGUGCUGCCUUUAAGAUUGGGGUCUGCUACUCCUCUCUGGAGCGCAAAGGCUCUGGGAACGAGGCCCGACUGGGCAACAACAGUCAGUCUUGGGUGCUGUCCCACUACGAUGGGGACUAUUCCUUUUGCCACGGGGGGAAUAAGGUGCCCCUGCAGGUCGCAAGGAAACCCCAAAAGAUCGGCCUGCUGCUGGACUGGCCGAGUCAGACGCUGGUGUUUUACGAGCUGGACUCCAUUGCAGUGCUGUACUCUGUCACACAUCCCUUCAGUGCCCCGCUGCUGCCAGCGUGUGCCGUGGCUGACCGCAGCAUCACCAUCCUGCACUGACACUGCCAGAACACUAUACAUACUGUAUAAACUGUAUUUAUAUUGCACUUUUCUUACAAGGUGCAUUACAAAAAGAAAUAAAACAAACAAGGCAGAUACAAUGAGAAAAAGGCCAAAGAACAUGAGCAGAGGCAUUAAAGACAAUAAAGUGAAUAAGAUCAAAUAGGAGUAAAACAUAUAUUAAACCUUAACAUGUGAAGCAAUGCCUAUGGGAGACCCUACAGAUCCUCCAUCUAUUUAUUCUAUUAGUAGAUACUGAUUCUUUUUGUUACUGUUUGUAAUGAUUUUCUAGAUUUCAGUUUCUUUG